GGAAGAUGUCCUAUUUCCUACCGCAUCUCCCUUCAGGAUGGCAUGUUGAUGAAGCUAUCAAGUCCGAAGAGGACCGUGUCGUCGUCAUUCGCUUUGGCCAUGACUGGGAUCCGCAAUGUAUGAAGAUGGACGAAACCCUAUAUGGUGUCUCUGAGAAAGUCCAGAAUUUUGCUGUCAUUUAUCUUUGUGAUAUUACACAGGUCCCGGAUUUCAACAAGAUGUAUGAGUUGUACGAUCCUUGCACAGUGAUGUUCUUUUAUCGAAACAAGCAUAUCAUGAUAGAUCUUGGUACUGGUAAUAACAACAAGAUUAAUUGGGCAAUGGAUAAUAAACAGGAGCUUAUCGAUAUCAUUGAAACUGUAUAUCGCGGUGCUUCCAAGGGACGCGGUUUGGUGGUAUCCCCGAAAGACUACUCUACUCGUUACAGAUACUGAAUGUCUGGAUGCUUGUGUUAUUGCUUCUACGACCUUCUGUUGUCUUCUGGCCUUCCAUAUUUCCGGUUUUAUAGAUCCGGUGCGAGGAUCUACCUGCUAUACCGGUGUAUGUACUAGACAUUAAGUCCGAGUGAAUUGAUGUUUGCUUUUUGUGUGCAAUAGCUAUC